CAGUACCCCACCAACCCACCAACCCACCAACCCACUCGGCGCACCGAGCGAACCUCUGCAACCUCUGCAACCUCUGCACCCGCGAACCCACUCACACAAAAACGACAUUUACACUGUUCCCGCCAACUACACGAUGACGAGUCUCGCCACGCCCACCCCAGGGCCCAUUCCCACGGCGAAAGCAGUGAACACACUGAUCAUCGACACGGGUCCGAUCCUGACCGCGUCCUCAGCGCCGAGCUACUACCUUUCUUCCGCCGACCGCAUUCUAACCACUCCGGCUGUGCUCGAGGAGAUCCGCGACAAGUCCGCGCGCGCCCGCUUCGACACGCUAUGGAAGCCCUUUGUUGCCGUACGCUCGCCGCGCGCGGAGAGUCUCAAGUUCGUGGCGGAUUUUGCAAAGAAGACGGGCGACUUUGCCACCUUGAGUAAGACCGAUAUGGGACUCAUCGCCCUGGCGUAUGAGGUCGAGCUCGAGGUCGCAGGUGGUGAUUGGAGGAUCAGGAAUGCGCCGAGUAAGGAGCUGAAUGGGCCGUUGCCGGAGGGGUGGGGGUGGGAGGGGAAGAUUGUUGGGAAGGAUGGGGAGGUUGAGGGGGAGAGCAAGGAGGUGGCGAAGGGGGAGGAGCUGAAGGAGGGCGAGGCGAAGGAGGCGGAGACUAUUGAGGCGGCGGCCGAGGAUGUCGAGAAGUUGGAGGAGCAACUGGUGGAAGACCUGGUGGUGGACGAACUGCACCAGCCCGAGAGCAUGCAAGAAGUCGAAGCCUCUGACUCGGAAGACUCGGACGACUCUGACGGCUGGAUCACACCGUCGAACCUUCACCGGCACGUGAACCCCAUACCAGCCGCGCAAUCCGCCGGCGACGAAAAACUCACCGUGGCACUAGCGACCACCGAUUUCGCCAUGCAGAACGUUUUACUGCAGAUGAACCUGCACCUGCUGUCGCCCACGUCGCUGAUGCGCAUCAAGAACGUGCGCUCCACCGUCCUGCGCUGCCACGGCUGCUUCUUCGUCAUCCGCAACCCCACCGGCGUCACCCACUUCUGCCCGCGGUGCGGUGCUGGAGACACCCUGCGCCGCGUAGGAUGCUCCACCGACGCCGAUGGCGUCUUCAAACUCCACCUGAAGAGGAACUUCCAGCACAACGUCCGCGGAAACGUCUUCGCCAUCCCGAAACCUGUCGCUGGAACGGCUUCUAUGAAGGGCGUGCCCGAUGCGCCCGUGCUAAGGGAGGACCAGAAGGAGUACCAGCGCGCCGUCAAGUGGGAGGGCUACAGGAAGGAGAAGGAUCUGCUGGAUCCUGAUUAUUUGCCGGCGAUUCUCACGGGGAAUAGGAGGAGAGGAAGCGCCAUUAGGGUCGGUGCGGGACGGGGGAAAAAUCCGAAUGAGGUCAGGAGGACGAGGAAGAAGUAGAUCUGGGCUUGGAAAUAGAGAUAAUCAACGGAUCAUUUGCGAUGCUUUGCAUUCGUGUUUUUCGGGAAUUGGAAAAGUUGGGUUUUGUUCUAUAUACGGGAAUAAAAGGAUCACCUUGUGCUUGCAGUUUUCUCCAUGAACGAGGAACAAGCCGAGACAGCCAGCAUCAAGGCAAGCGCUGAUGGAGCGUAAGGGGGCCGUUGCGACGAUUGAGGGUCUCUCGGGACGGCUCUCUCGGAGCCGGACUCAUGGCGCGAGCUCAUCAGGAUGCUAUGUAACGUGUAUGCUACUCUCGUCGAUGUGGUUUAUGUACAUCAUUUGUCUUUCGGUGCGCAGGCGGAAGUUCGACUCCUGUUCGCAGCCUCCCCAUCCCC